AGCGUCACGCCUUUGACUGGUGACAUCGGCGACAGCGCAUACCAGCCAGUCCGCUGUGCUGCUAUACUGACUGUUAGUGUUUAUUUUCUCUUAUAGAGAAAUAAAACUGUCGAAAUGUAGCGCUUUAACUCUACACUCAUCUCUACCCUAUAAAGCCCGUAAGGCCACUGGUCAUCCUUAAAGUGGUCCAAUGCAGGUGGGGCUGCAUAAAGAUAGACCGGAUCCAUCUCAAAAAGCCCAUAAUGCUGCCAAAAUAGUGGCAGUCUUCAGAGGGAGAAGAGUCCAUCAUAAAAUUGACUGACAUCCAGGAUAUUUCUAUGCUUUGGCUUUCCCUCUUCAGCAGAAUCGUCAUAAUCAGAACACCAGGUAUUCCUGGACUCUUCAAACCUCUUGCUAAAAUCCUCAGAGUGUCAGUGAACCAUGCUCUUCUCCCUGCGUGAGCUGGUGCAAUGGCUUGGCUUUGCCACCUUCGAACUGUUCCUCCACCUGGCCGCACUGCUGGUCUUCAGUGUGCUGGUGGCUAUCCAGGUGGAUGUGCUGGCCCAGGGCAUGAGCUGGUGGCUUGUGUUUGUGCCGCUGUUUGCUGCAGAUGGCCUCAGCACUUACUUCACGGCUAUUGUGUCCAUCCGCCUGUACCAGGAAGGGGAAAAACGUCUGGCUGUGCUGCGCCUGCUCUGGGUUCUCACCGUUCUUAGUCUCAAGCUGGUGUGUGAGGUACUGCUCUGCCAGAAACUGGCUGACCAUACUCCAGACCCGCUCUUCGGCCUCAUUAUCUCCCCACUCUUCAUCCUCUUGCAGCUCCUGAUGAUCCGUGCCUGCCGCGUUAAUUAAUGUGGAGAGGACAGACGAACAGCUCUCCUUUCGACCCACCCACAUACCGACAGACAUAUAUUAAAGAACACUUCUGGGCCAUUCUUUGCCCUCCCACACACAUCGGAAUUAGUUUUGAAUUAUUGAGAUCUGACUUUGAAGAAAGAAUCCCAUUCACAGGAUUUUAAUGUACUUCAUUGAGCCUCUCUGGCUCGAGCAUAUAAACGUGGUGUCGUUGCGUCCACUCACAGCUGAUGCUAAAGUAAUGUGCAAUUUUUCAUUUGUGAUGUCCUAAGUGCUGAGCGAGAUUUGUUCUUACUUCUCUCUCUGAAUGCUGUUACUGUUACUUUAUCUGUGUAAUGAUGACAUUUGUUGUUUGUACAUAUUGUAAAUAAAUAAACAUAUAAACUUUAA